AUGUUUAUCAAUAAUAAUAACAACAGUCUGAAUCCAUUAACAACAACAACCACAUCACGUCAACAAACAAGCACAGGAAAUAACACCACUCCGAUAAAUAGUAGUAAUAACAACAACAACAGUAAUCCGGUAAUAUCAGAUUUUGAAUGUCCACUCUGUUUAAAUUUAUUAUACGAACCUGUAGGAUUCCACUGUGGUCACACCUUUUGUAAAUUUUGCAUUGAAAGAUUAUUAGCUAGUAAUGGUUCUAUGAAUGCAUGUCCCUGUUGUAGAGCCCCAUUCAGUGAUGGUAAUAAUUCACUGAUUACGUUAAAGAAUAUUCGUCCUCUUUUAACACUUCGGAAUGUACUACCCAUGCUUUUUAAAGAACAAUACGAGAUGAGAAGAUUGGAAGUGGAGAAGGAGAGAAGAGAAUAUGUACAGACACAAACAAUUCGUAAGUCAUUCUUUAUUGGAAACGAGCAUACGGUAAUAUCUAGGUCGGAUCAAAACAUUCACAAGUGGACCAUGUUUGUCAGAAUGGACAGUCGAGAGAAUGUUUCGGAUUUCAUUCAUAGUGUAGAAUAUAGACUUCAUCCAACAUUUAAACCCAAUGUAGUUGUUGUGGAUAAAGCACCAUUUGAGUUGACAAGAUUUGGUUGGGGAUAUUUCACAGUCAAGGUAAAGAUUACUUUCCAAAGUUAUUUAAACAAACCAGCAUUUGCCACCAAUCAUACUUUAUCAUUUGAUGGUAAUGGCUUAAUGUCUCAGGUUGAAAUUGAUUUUUUAGUUAAAAGAGAGCAACAAUCAGAGAUAUAUAUUGACAUUAUUAAUUCACCCACCAGUGAAGAAGACAUGUCUGGUGAGGGAAUGAGUUCAAAUAACAUGUUUGAUGAUGAUGAGGACGUUCUCUAG